GCACUCGUGUUUUCGUCUCUCAUCUGCACCGCUGCUGUGCUGCUGCUGCUGCUUCGCUGGAUCAGAGGAUUCAAACUUCCGGCACUGUCAUGGCGGCAUGCUGCUGUUUCUGACACCGACCAGCCCGAAUACCGAGCCGCCCCUCGUUCGGCCCUCAGCGCGGCGCGGAUCGAGGAGCGCAGGGGUCGCAAACCGCGGAAAAGGCGUCCUCUCCUCCUCCACAUCAUCAUCAUCCUCUUCAUCAUCAUCAUCGGCGGCGGCGGAGGUGCAGGCGUGAGCGGCCAUGGCGGCGCAGAAGCCCGUGGAGUGGGUCCAGGCCGUCAUCACCCGAUUCGACGAGCAGCUUCCUGUGAAAGUCGGCGUGCAGAACACACACACUAAAAUCAGCACGGAACACAAUAAGGAAUGUCUGAUCAACAUCUCCAGGUACAAAUUCUCUCUGGUCAUCAGUGGACUCACCAACAUACUGAAGAACGUCAACAACAUGCGGAUAUUUGGAGAUGCUGCAGAGAAGAACCUUUACCUGUCCCAGCUUAUCAUCAUGGACACACUGGAGAAGUGCCUGGCAGGGCAACCAAAGGACAGCAUGCGUCUGGAUGAGACGAUGCUCGUAAAGCAGUUAUUGCCCGAGAUCUGUCAUUUCAUCCACACGUACCGUGAGGGAAACCAGUACGCGGCCGAGCUGAGGAACUCAGCCUGUGGGGUUCUGUUCUCUCUGAGCUGCAGUAACUUCAACGCUGUCUUUAGUCGCAUCUCCACCAGGCUGCAGGAGCUGACCGUUUGUUCUGAGGAUAACGUAGACGUGCACGACAUCGAGCUCAUCCAGCACAUCAACGUGGACUGCUGUAAAUUUAAACGCCUCCUGCAAGAAACAGUAUUUAAAUUUAAAGCCUUAAAGAAGCCAGCCCAGUUGAGUGUCAUCUUCAAUUUAGAGAAGGCGUUCUGGAACUGGGUUGAAAAUUAUGCUGAUGAAUUCACCAGGUUGUACCAGAGGCCUCAGGCGGACAUGGCUGAGUGUGCUGAGAAGCUUUUUGACCUGGUGGAUAGUUUUGCUGAGAGUACGAAGAGAAAAGCAGCUGUUUGGCCACUGCAGAUCAUCCUCCUCAUCCUCUGUCCUGACAUCACUCAAGACAUGUCCAGAGACACAUCAGAUGACUCGAAAGACAACAAGAAACUGUUUUUGGAGAAUCUACGGAAAGCCUUGACUGGUCACGGUGGAAGCAAACAGCUGACGGAAAGCGCAGCUAUUGCCUGCGUCAAACUGUGCAAAGCAUCUACAUACAUCAGCUGGGAGGAUCACUCCGUCAUCUUCCUGCUGGUGCAGUCCAUCGUUGUGGAUCUGAAGGGGUUGCUGUUUAACCCAGCUAAACCGUUUUCCAGAGGCGCCGGGAGCCAGAGUGCAGACGUGGACCUAAUGAUCGACUGUUUUGUCUCCUGUUUCAGAAUCAACCCUCAUAACAAUCAGCAAUUUAAGGUGUGCCUGGCUCCGUCCUCACCUCCUACCUUUCACUUUGUGCUGGUGAAUUCUCUCCACCGAAUCAUUACUAAUUCCCCGCUGGACUGGUGGCCGAAGAUCGAUACCGUGUACUGUUACUCGGGAGAGCUGCGGCUCAUGUUUGCUGAGACUCUGGGGAGAGUGGUGCAGGGCUGCAGCAGCCACGCCCCCCUCCGUAUGACCUCGAGUUUGACGUUUAAGGAGAAAAUGAGCAGUCUGAAGUUUAAAGAGAAAACCACUGAUCUGGACACCAGGAGUCACAAGUAUCUGCUUUUGGCUUUGGUGAAACUCAUCCAUGCAGAUCCCAAAUUGAUGCUACAUAAUCCAGGUAAACAGGGUCUGGAGGUCCACAGCAGCACUGCAGAUCUCAUCACAGGCAUGGUGCAUCUUGUGCCACUUGCGAACAUGGGAGAUAUCUCCCAGGAGGCCAUGGAGGCUCUUCUGGUCCUGCAUCAGCCUGAAAGCAUCGAGCUGUGGAACCCAGACGCUCCUAUGGAAACUUUCUGGGACAUCAGUUCUCAGGUGCUGUUCUUCAUCUGUAAGAAGCUGUUUGGUCAUCAGCUGAUCAGCAGCACUGAGAUUCUGAAGUGGUUGCGAGAGAUUCUCAUCUGCAGAAACAAAUUUCUUCUCAGGAACAAAGAUCGGGCCACAGCAGGCAGUAACAUUGCCAUCUGCCGGCAGGCCCAGACCAAGCUGGAAGUGUGUCUUUACAUGUUCCUGUGGAGUCCAGACAUGGAGGCAGUUCUGGUGGCCAUGUCCUGUUUCCGCUACCUGUGUGAGGAAGCAGACAUCCGCUGUAGUGCAGAAGACAUUCCUGUGCAGUCCCUUCUGCCAAAUUACAACACGUUCAUGGAGUUUGCGUCUGUCAGCAACAUGAUGAUUGCAGGUCGUUCGGCUCUACAGAAGAGAGUAAUGGCUUUGCUUCGAAGGAUUGAGCUCCCUACCCCAGGAAACACUGAGGCCUGGGAGGACACGCAUGCCAAAUGGGAACAUGCAACCAAAUUAAUUUUAAGCCACCCGAAAACGAAACUAGAAGACAGUCAGGAAUGGAUCAAUAUGACCGGCUUCCUGUGUGCGUUGGGUGGCGUGUGUUUGCAGCAGAGGAACACGUCUGUUCUGGCCACCUACAGUCCUCCCAUGGGCACUCUGAACGAUCGCAAGGGCUCCAUGGUGUCCAUGGCCUCGUGUGAAGGCAACCCAGAGACGCCCCUGAGCAGGUUUCUGGACCGUCUUCUGUCGCUGAUGGUGUGCAAUCAUGAGAAAGGGCAUCAGAUUCGUACCAACGUCAAAGACCUGGUGGGGCUGGAGCUCUGUCCAGCGCUCUAUCCCAUGCUGUUCAACAAACUCAAAAACAGUAUCAGCCGAUUCUUUGAUGCCCAGGGCCCGGUGCCAAUUAAUGAGACCAACACACAGUUUGUGGAGCAGACCAUCGCCAUCAUGAAGAACCUUCUGGACAACCAUACGGAAGGAAGCUCUGAACAUCUGGGUCAAGCCAGCAUUGAGACCAUGAUGCUCAACCUGGUCAGGUAUGUGCAUAUUCUUGGCAACAUAGUUCAUGCCAUCCAGAUCAAAACCAAACUGUGCCAGCUGGUAGAGGUCAUGAUGGAGCGCAGAGAUGACCUCUCUUUCUGCCAAGAGAUGAAGUUCAGGAAUAAAAUGGUGGAGUAUCUGACAGACUGGGUGAUGGGAACAUCCAACCAGGCGGCUGAUGAUGAUGUUAAAUGCCUCACAAGGGAUCUGGAUCAGGCGAGUAUGGAAGCGGUGGUGUCUCUUCUGGCCGGCCUGCCCCUUCAGCCAGAGGAAGGGGACGGUGUGGAGCUAAUGGAGGCCAAAUCUCAGCUUUUCCUAAAGUACUUCACUCUGUUCAUGAAUCUUCUGAACGACUGCAGUGAGGUGGAGGAUGAGGGUCAGCAGGUGGCUGGACGUAAGCGAGGGAUGUCUAGGCGUUUGGCAUCGUUAAGGCACUGCACCGUCUUGGCCAUGUCCAACCUGCUUAACGCCAAUGUGGAUAGCGGCCUUAUGCACUCUAUUGGGCUGGGCUAUCAUAAGGACCUUCAGACAAGGGCUACGUUCAUGGAGGUCCUCACUAAGAUCCUGCAGCAGGGAACAGAGUUUGACACGCUGGCAGAGACUGCGCUGGCCGAUCGCUUUGAGAGGCUUGUGGAACUUGUCACAAUGAUGGGGGAUCAGGGGGAGUUACCUAUUGCCAUGGCGCUGGCCAAUGUGGUCCCUUGUUCUCAGUGGGAUGAACUGGCUCGUGUUCUGGUAACUCUCUUUGAUUCGAGGCAUCUCUUGUAUCAACUUCUGUGGAAUAUGUUCUCUAAGGAGGUGGAGUUGGCUGAUUCCAUGCAAACACUGUUCCGCGGCAACAGCCUGGCCAGUAAAAUCAUGACGUUCUGUUUUAAGGUGUACGGGGCCACAUAUCUGCAGAAGCUGUUGGAGCCACUGCUCAGGGCCGUGAUCACGGGCACUGAGUGGCAGAUGCUGAGCUUUGAGGUGGAUCCCACCAGACUUGAGACCGGUGAGAAUUUGGAGGAGAACCAGCGCAAUCUGUUACGGAUGACCGAGCGCUUCUUUCAGGCCAUAAUCAGCUCAUCCGGCGAGUUUCCACCUCAGCUCCGCAGCGUCUGUCACUGUCUCUUUCAGGCUACUUGUCACUCUCUCCUGUCUAAAGCAUCUGUCAAAGACAGAAAGGAAGUGAGGAAAGCUGUGGUUAGCCAGCGUUUCCCACAGAAUAGUAUCGGAGCUGUAGGUAGUGCCAUGUUUCUGCGUUUUGUGAACCCGGCUAUAGUCUCUCCAUACGAGGCUGGGAUUCUCGACAAAAAGCCUCCACCCAGGAUAGAAAGGGGCCUUAAACUCAUGUCAAAGAUCUUGCAAAGUAUUGCCAACCAUGUUUUGUUCACAAAAGAAGAGCACAUGAGGCCGUUUAACGACUUUGUGAAGAGUAAUUUUGACGCAGCCAGAAAAUUUUUCCUGGACAUUGCCUCUGACUGCCCGGCGAGCGACUCUCUCAACCACAGUCUAUCCUUCAUUAGCGAUGGCAAUGUUUUGGCUCUGCACAGGCUGCUGUGGAACAACCAAGAGAAAAUUGGCCAGUAUUUGUCCAGUAACAGGGAUCAUAAAGCUGUUGGAAGGAGACCCUUUGAUAAGAUGGCCACCCUGCUUGCUUACCUGGGUCCCCCAGAGCACAAACCAGUUGCAGAUACACAUUGGUCCAGCCUGAAUCUCACCAGCUCCAAAUUUGAGGAAUUUAUGACAAGACAUCAGGUGCAUGAGAAAGAAGAGUUUAAAGCGUUGAAGACUCUUAACAUCUUUUACCAGGCUGGAACUUCAAAGAACGGAAACCCUGUGUUUUACUAUGUAACCCGCAGGUUCAAGACAGGACAGAUUAAUGGGGACUUGCUCAUUUACCACGUCCUUCUUACCCUCAAACCAUACUACGCCAAACCAUAUGAGCUAGUAGUGGAUUUGACACAUGCUGGUCCGAGCAACCGCUUCAAGACAGACUUCCUCUCCAAAUGGUUUGUUGUUUUUCCAGGAUUCGCUUAUGAGAAUGUGGCUGCCAUCUACAUCUAUAACUGUAACACAUGGGUACGAGAAUACACCAAGUAUCACGAGAGACUGCUUACAGGCCUCAAAGGCAGUAAGAAGUUACUGUUCAUUGACUCGCCGGCACGGCUGGCUGAGUAUGUAGAACCAGAACAACAGAAGCUUCCGGCAGCUACUCUUGCUCUUGAAGAAGACCUGAAAGUGUUUCACAAUGCCCUAAAACUGGCCCACAAAGACACCAAAGUGUCCAUUAAGGUGGGCAGUACUGCAGUGCAGGUGACCUCAGCAGAGCGAACACGAGUCUUGGGUCAGUCCGUCUUCCUCAAUGACAUCUACUAUGCUUCAGAGAUUGAGGAGAUCUGCCUAGUGGAUGAAAAUCAGUUCACGCUGACCAUUGCUAACCAGGGCACGCCAUUGACCUUCAUGCACCAGGAGUGUGAGAGUAUAGUUCACUCAAUUAUCCACAUCCGUAAACGUUGGGAGCUCUCUCAGCCCGACUCUAUCCCCCAACACACAAAGAUCAGGCCCAAAGACGUUCCCGGGACUCUUCUCAACAUCGCCCUCCUCAACCUGGGAAGUUCUGACCCCAGUUUAAGGUCUGCAGCUUACAACCUCCUGUGUGCCUUAACUUGCACCUUUAACCUAAAGAUUGAAGGCCAACUGCUGGAGACCUCCGGCCUCUGCAUCCCUGCCAAUAACACCCUCUUCAUCGUAUCCAUUAGCAAGACUCUAGCAGCUAAUGAGCCUCACCUGACCCUGGAGUUCCUGGAGGAGUGUAUCUCUGGCUUCAGCAAGUCCAGUAUAGAAUUAAAGCACCUGUGUUUGGAGUACAUGACUCCUUGGCUGCUGAACCUGGUGCGCUUCUGCAAGCACAGCGAUGAUGCCAAGCGCCAACGAGUCACUGCCAUUCUAGACAAACUCAUUACCAUGACAAUCAACGAAAAGCAGAUGUAUCCAUCCAUUCAGGCCAAGAUCUGGGGGAGCCUAGGACAGAUAACAGAUCUACUUGAUGUAGUUCUGGACAGUUUUAUUAAAACGAGUGCAACGGGAGGUCUCGGAUCCAUCAAAGCUGAAGUGAUGGCAGACACAGCAGUGGCUUUGGCCUCUGGUAACGUCAAACUGGUGUCUAGCAAGGUGAUUAUUCGGAUGUGUAAAAUCAUUGAUAAGACGUGUCUGUCACCCACACCAACGUUGGAGCAGCACCUGAUGUGGGAUGAUAUCGCUAUCCUGGCCAGGUAUAUGCUCAUGCUGUCCUUCAACAACUCUCUGGAUGUGGCCGCCCACCUGCCCUACCUCUUCCAUGUCGUGACCCUGCUGGUGGCCACGGGGCCUCUUUCGCUGCGGGCAUCCACACAUGGCCUGGUUAUCAACAUCAUUCACUCCCUCUGCACAUGCUCCCAGCUGAGUUUCAGCGAGGAGACCAAGCAGGUGUUACGCCUAAGUCUGACAGAGUUCUCUCUGCCAAAGUUCUACUUGCUCUUUGGAAUCAGCAAGGUCAAAUCAGCUGCGGUCAUCGCCUUCCGUUCCAGCUAUAGGGAUCGUUCGUUUUCUCCGGGCUCCUACGAGAGAGAGACCUUUGCUCUGUCAUCCCUGGAGACUGUCACAGAGGCUUUGCUGGAGAUCAUGGAGGCAUGUAUGAGGGACAUUCCAGGCUGUAAAUGGCUAGACCAGUGGACCGAUCUCGCACAGAAGUUUGCAUUUCAAUACAAUCCGUCCCUGCAGCCGCGGGCUCUUGUGGUGUUUGGUUGCAUCAGUAAACGGGUCACGCACACUCAAAUUAAACAAAUCAUACGGAUCCUGAGCAAGGCCAGCCCUCUUCUCAGCAUCGACCGGGGUUUGGAGAGCUGCCUGAAGGGUCCUGAUAACUGUAACAGCCAGGUGCUGAUCGAAGCUACCGUCAUUGCCCUCACUAAACUACAGCCUCUGCUCAACAAGGACUCACCAAUGCACAAAGCACUGUUCUGGGUCGCUGUGGCCGUGCUGCAGUUGGACGAGGUGAAUCUGUACUCAGCUGGAACUGCUCUGCUGGAACAGAACCUACACACACUCGAUAGUCUGCGAGUCUUCAAUGACAAGAGUCCUGAGGAGGUGUUUAUGGAGAUUCGUCAGCCUCUGGAAUGGCACUGCAAACAGAUGGACCAUUUUGUUGGUCUCAACUUCAACUCCAACUUUAAUUUUGCUUUGGUCGGGCACCUGCUGAAAGGAUUCAGACACCCAUCACCCACCACAGUAGCACGCACCAUCCGUAUAUUGCACAUGCUGUUGGCCUUGGUUGGAAAACACCUGAACUGUGAUAAGUUUGAGGUGAACACACAGAGUGUUGCAUAUCUGGCAGCUCUCCUUCCAGUGUCAGAGGAAGUGCGUAGUCGCUGCAGCCUGAAACACAGGAAACUUUUGCUCCUCUCUGAUGUUAACAUGGAGAAUGUUCCCAUGGAUACAUACUCCGUACAUCAUGAGGAUCCUAGCUGCAGAACUCUGCGGGAAAGCCAGCUGUGGGCAUCCCCAAAGGCUUCAGAGCGGUACUUGGUAGCCCAGUAUCCCAUAGUGGGACAGAUCAGCCCAAGAACACGCAAAUCCAUGAGCCUGGACAUGGGGCAACCUUCCCAGGUCAACACCAAAAAGCUUCUAGGUACCAGAAAAAGUUUUGACCACCUGAUAUCAGACAGCAAAGCACCGAAGAGGCCUGAAAUGGAAUCUGGUAUCACGACACCACCCAAAAUGAGACGGGUGGCUGAAAAUGAAUAUGAAAUUGAAACCCCAAGAAUCUCACAUCACCACCUGCGGAAGGUCUCAGUGUCCGAGUCUAAUAUCCUGCUAAAUGAGGAAGUUCUCACAGAUCCCAAAAUCCAGGCGCUGCUUCUAACUGUGCUGGCCACUCAGGUGAAAAACACAUCGGAUGAAUUUGAGCAGAGAAUCCUGUACGAGUUUCUAGCUGAGGCCAGUGUUGUCUUCCCAAAGGUCUUUCCUGUUGUUCACAAUCUCCUGGACUCAAAGAUUAAUACUUUGCUGUCACUGUGUCAGGACCCAAAUCUUUUAAACCCAGUCCAUGGAAUUGUGCAGAGUGUGGUUUUUCAUGAAGAGUCGCCCCCUCAGUACCAAACGUCCUACCUGCAAACUUUUGGGUUUAAUGGGCUCUGGAGGUUUGCCGGUCCUUUCUCUAAGCAAACUCAGUUCCCAGACUAUGCGGAGCUGAUUGUCAAGUUUCUGGAUGCGCUGAUUGACACCUAUCUGCCGGGCAUCGAUGAGGAAACGAGCGAGGAGGGUCUGCGCACACCCACCUCUCCAUACCCUCCACCUGUCCAGAGCCAGCUCAGCAUCACUGCCAACCUCAACCUCUCCAAUUCAAUGACCUCACUGGCCACCUCCCAGCAUGCACCAGGAAUCGAUAAAGAGAAGGUGGAUCUGUCUCCCACCACGGGUCUGGCAGCCAGUGGACGCACACGCCAUGGUUCAGCCAGCCAGGUCCAGAAACAGCGCAGCACCGGCAGCUUUAAAAGACCUAGUAUCAAAAAGAUUGUAUGAGACCUACAGCACAGCAGGUUAUAGCUCCUGCUGGACAUACAUUACUGCAUUUUAUGUGGUUUCUCUUCACUUCUGCUAAACCCACCGGUAACGAUAAUCUGUUGGUUCUCUUGAAAUGGUUUAGCAGUGUCUGCCUGGAUCAAAAUAAACUGAACGCCUCUGUUUUUAAACAAGUCGCUGUUUGACACAGGAUGGGAGAAAGUCCUUUUUUUUGUGCAUAACAGAACUUUUUAUAUAUAUAUAUAUAUAUAUAUAUAUAUAUAUAUAUAUAUAUAUACAUUUAAUUGAAUCACAGACAUUGCCUGAAGGUGGUGUCCUGAGUAUUUUGUUUAAAAGCACUAAUUUCUGUCUUAAAUUUAAAAGAUGAAAGUAUUAACCAAGUGCCAUUCUUUUGUUCCGUUGUAUUUGAUUUUAUUUACUUGUUUACUUUUAGUUAAACGUUGUUGUUGUUUCUUUUUGUAAAAGGAAACAUUAUUGAAUUAAGAGUCCCCUAAAACUAAAAAUGUACAAUCACUCAUGCAGUUCUGCAGAAAUUAAUCUUUAAUAGCCUUUAUAUUGUAUUGUCAAUAAAGUAUUAAUUAUAGGAAAAAAAGUUGCUGGUCCAUCCAAACUAUGAUCCCUAUACCAAACCCAUCAUACUACCAAAAUGCUCUGUGAAUUUCUGAUGUAUUUGACAUGUAUUUGCUGUUAUUUCUCAAUCUAUUACAGCUCUUGUGGGUGAUGGCUAUGAGAGGAGAGAUGAAUGUAAUUUAGCAUAUAAAAAAGCAUUUUUGCUGGAAAAAUAAUCAGCUGUUAAAUUAAAAAGCAUUCAGAUGGGGGGUGUGUGUGUCAUACACACACUUUCUUCGUAAGAAAGAAAACCUGAGGUAGACACUAUAGUUACACUAUAAUAUGGCUAUAAUAUAACAGUUUUAUUUUUAUUUUUUUCUGUUUUACUAAUUGUUGCUUUCAUAUUGGUACGGCUUUAUGUGAGAAAGGUCAAGGGUUAAACGUGAGUUUAGUAAUGGCAGAGAUUGUUGGAUGUUUCAAACACUAGAGUGAAUUGUUUUCGACACUUGAGGUUAUGCAAACUUUUACAUAAUUGUUCUUUUGUUUCUUUUUUUUAUGCUGAUAGCUUCACCUCUGUAAAUAUUUUUUGUGUAAAAAUAGAAAAGUAUAUUUACUACACUGUAAAUACAAGUGACUAUGACGUAUUAUUUUGCUUUUUGUAAAGCAGUUAAUUACUGAAUAUGUACGACAUAAAAUAUGAAUUAUUGUCUAUCAAUCAUCUUCACUGCAUUAUGCCAAUUAACAUGGAGGAAAUAUUGAGGGUUGCACUGAAGAUUGAAAUCUUUGUGUCCUCUGGACCCUCUUUAUAAAACAUUAUUGUUAUCAUCUGAUUUCAUAUUUACAGAUGUAACACUAAUAAAGUCCAUUUCUGCCCA